AAUUCCCCAAUUUCAGGUGCACAACUCACCAACAGCUCUCUCUCUCUCUCUCUCCCUCUUCCUAGUACUCCUAUAUCAGACCCCCUACCGUUCACUAAAUUCUCUCACAAAGACUCUCUCAACUCCGCCCUUCUCUCUCUCUCUCUCUCUCUCAAAGACUCUCGCGCGCGCUCUCUUUCUCUCUCUACGAUGGCAGACCCCGCCGCCACCCCGAUCCCCCUCCUAACCGACCAGCUCGACAUCGUCAUACCCACGAUCCGCAACCUCGACUUCCUCGAGAUGUGGCGCCCCUUCUUCCAGCACUACCACCUCAUCAUCGUCCAGGACGGCGACCCCUCAAAAGUCAUCAAGGUCCCAGAAGGCUUCGACUACGAACUCUACAACCGCAACGACAUCAACCGGAUCCUGGGCCCCAAGGCCUCCUGCAUCUCCUUCAAGGACUCCGCUUGCCGCUGCUUCGGCUACAUGGUUUCCAAGAAGAAGUACAUCUACACCAUUGAUGACGAUUGCUUUGUUGCCAAAGAUCCAUCUGGGAAAGACAUUAAUGCACUCCAGCAGCAUAUCAAGAACCUACUGUGCCCGUCGACUCCGUUUUUCUUCAACACCUUGUACGAUCCGUACAGAGAAGGUGCUGAUUUCGUCCGUGGAUACCCAUUCAGUCUCCGUGAGGGUGCCCCCACUGCGGUUUCUCAUGGCCUCUGGCUUAACAUCCCUGAUUACGAUGCACCCACCCAACUUGUCAAGCCUCGUGAGAGAAACACUAGGUAUGUUGAUGCUGUUUUGACGAUUCCGAAGGGGACUCUAUUCCCCAUGUGCGGUAUGAAUUUGGCAUUCGACCGUGAGUUGAUUGGCCCUGCAAUGUACUUUGGACUUAUGGGUGAUGGUCAGCCUAUUGGACGGUACGAUGACAUGUGGGCUGGCUGGUGUAUCAAGGUAAUAUGCGAUCACUUGGGAUAUGGAGUCAAGACGGGACUCCCCUACAUCUGGCACAGCAAAGCAAGCAACCCAUUUGUGAACCUCAAGAAGGAAUAUAAAGGCAUCUACUGGCAGGAAGAGCUGAUCCCAUUCUUCCAAUCUGCUGUCCUUCCAAAGGAAUGCACUACCGUGCAGAAAUGCUACAUUGAACUCUCUAAGCAAGUCAAGGCAAAGCUCGGAAGCUUAGAUGACUACUUCCUUAAGCUGGCCGACGCCAUGGUCACAUGGGUUGAAGCUUGGGAUGAACUCAACCCAUCUGCUGCAGAUUCCGCUGAAGCCAAGGGCCCUGGAAAAUAGACUAAAAUUCUCAUUUACUCGGCCUUUUGACCGAUCAAGGUUCAUAUCUAUAUCAGAGGUAUCGUCCGAGCUUUGCCAGCUUCGCCAGAAGCUUGAGAGCGUUUGUUUUUGCAGGUUGAAAUUUACUAUUGUUUUAUCAUUUGUUUUGAAUGACGCAUUCUAUUGAUCUGGGUCUGUAUCAGAGGUACUAUGAUCGGAGCUCUCUCUAGAAGCUUAAGACUGUGUUUCUGACUUGUUGGAAAUUAUUUAUCAUUGGUAUUUUUGGUGAGUUCGGAGCACAUCUGCAAUAGAUAUUUCAAUUUCUGUUA